UUCAUCCACAAUACGAGACUCUAAGAGCAGGAUGGCUAAAAGAAAGGCCAGUCCUGAAAAGAAGACCCCCGUAAAAAGAGGGAGGGUCACUGAGCAGGCUGCUCCUUCCACCAGCUCAGAUACACACCAGGUCAAAGCAGUGAAGCGUAAGGCCCAGCAAGAUGGAGCGGGCACAACCAGUGCACCGAAGAAGAUUAAACUUGCUGAGCCUACGAGUGAAGACAGGGAGCAAGCGUCUUCCUCUGUGGACACUGGUAAAGACUCUAAGAGCAGGAUGGCUAAAAGAAAGGCCAGUCCUGAAAAGAAGACCCCCGUAAAAAGAAGGAGGGUCACUGAGCAGGCUGCUCCUUCCACCAGCUCAGUAACACACCAGGUCAAAGCAGUGAAGAGUAAGGCCCAGCAAGAUGGAGCGGGCACAACCAGUGCACCGAAGAAGAUUAAACUUGCUGAGCCUACGAGUGAAGACAGGGAGCAAGCGUCUUCCUCCGUGGACACUGGUAAAGACUCUAAGAGCAGGAUGGCUAAAAGAAAGGCCAGUCCUGAAAAGAAGACCCCCGUAAAAAGAAGGAGGGUCACUGAGCAGGCUGCUCCUUCCACCAGCUCAGAUACACACCAGGUCAAAGCAGUGAAGCGUAAGGCCCAGCAAGAUGGAGCGGGCACAACCAGUGCACCGAAGAAGAUUAAACUUGCUGAGCCUACGAGUGAAGACAGGGAGCAAGCGUCUUCCUCUGUGGACACUGGUAAAGACUCUAAGAGCAGGAUGGCUAAAAGAAAGGCCAGUCCUGAAAAGAAGACCCCCGUAAAAAGAAGGAGGGUCACUGAGCAGGCUGCUCCUUCCACCAGCUCAGAUACACACCAGGUCAAAGCAGUGAAGCGUAAGGCCCAGCAAGAUGGAGCGGGCACAACCAGUGCACCGAAGAAGAUUAAACUUGCUGAGCCUACGAGUGAAGACAGGGAGCAAGCGUCUUCCUCCGUGGACACUGGUAAAGACUGCAGUCAAAACACAAAGGGGUGCACAAAAAAUGGCAGAAACAAGUCUGCGGGAGACAGCAAAGAGUCACCCAAGAAAAAGAAAAAGGACAAAACCAAAAACGUCGUCCAAAAUCCAGCAGCCGACCAGCAACGGGAAUACCAAGCCAGAUAUGUGCAGGAGCACCAUCUAGGAAAUGGCGGCUGUGGAGCAGUGUUUGCUGGCUACAGGAUAACAGAUCAUUUCCCAGUAGCCAUCAAACACGUUCCCAAGAACAGAAUCCCAUCAAAGUGA